UGGUAGAGAAGGGGGAAAAAUAACAAACAGCAGUGAGUGUGGAUGGACUGGCUGGUGUAGGCAUGGAGCCCCCAUUGACCAAGAGGAGUCAGACUCUGAGGUUAGCGGAUUUGGCAGCGGCUCAAGCCCAUCCUCACCAGACUAUGACAGGCUUCCCGGGGCUGGGGGGUCAUCAAGCUCACUCCCACCCUGCCCACCUCCACCCUGGGGAGUUGGGGAGUGACCCUGGAGUGGCCCUGACUCCAUUCGGACCUGAGCACAUGGCCCAAGCCAGUGCCCUGAAACUUAGUCCCUCUCAGCACAUGGCAGCUCACCCCGAAGCUCAGACUGCAGCUGCCUUUGCCUCGUCGGCUACAGUCAGCUACCCAGUAGCCCCCUCCCACCCUGGCUAUACUAGUAGCCGGGACUUUAUCCUCAGGAGGGAGCUGUCCACCUCUGCCAUGUUAGGAGAGCAGCAUCCGGCCAGCAGCUCCCCCCAUCAUCAUCACCACCACCCCCACCACCCACACAGUAUGUUCAUCUCCUCCACUGGCACCUAUGGGCACCCCGAGGGGGGCAGUCACCCUCUCUUCACCGGUCUGCACCACGAGCAAGCGGCCCCAGGAGUCCCCCACCCCCUGAACGGCCAGGUGCGCCUUGGCUUGGCUGGAGAACUUUACGGAAGAGCUGAGCCCUUCAGAGCCGAGCACUAUGCAGCCUCCUCCAUCCACAGCUACAACUCUAUGAACUUAAAUGUCAACCUGGCUGCAGCAGCCGCCCACCCAGCCGCCGCGGGGGCCUUCUUCAGGUACAUGAGGCAGCCCAUCAAGCAGGAGCUAAUCUGCAAAUGGAUCGAUCAGGAGCAGAGCUCCAAGAAACCGUGCUCCAAAACUUUCAGCACCAUGCACGAACUGGUCAAUCAUGUAACGGUGGAGCACGUUGGGGGCCCCGAGCAGAGUAGCCAUGUCUGCUUCUGGGAGGAAUGUCCCAGGGAGGGAAAACCUUUCAAAGCCAAAUACAAACUGGUUAACCACAUCAGAGUGCACACUGGAGAGAAACCUUUCCCAUGCCCCUUUCCUGGAUGUGGCAAGGUCUUUGCUCGCUCUGAAAACUUGAAAAUUCACAAACGAACUCACACAGGAGAGAAACCCUUUAAGUGUGAGUUUGAUGGAUGUGACAGGAAGUUUGCUAACAGCAGUGACAGGAAGAAGCACUCCCACGUGCACACCAGUGACAAGCCUUACUACUGUAAAGUGAGAGGCUGUGACAAGUCCUACACCCACCCCAGCUCCCUGAGGAAGCACAUGAAAAUACACUGCAAGUCCCCCCCGGGCUCCCCUACCUCUAUCGGAUACCCUGCUGUAGGGACUCCUUUAGAAGACCCUCUGUCCCCUUCUCAGGACCAGGUCAGGGGGAGAUCUGCUAACCUGUCUCCCCAAGUGACCAACCUCAAUGAAUGGUACGUCUGUCAGGCCAGUGGGGCCCAAAAUAACCUGCAUACCCCUUCCAGCAAUGGGGACUCCUCGGAUUCUGAGGAUGAGGGGUCUUACAGGAACUCUGAGAGGACUAUACACUAGAACAACCAUCAGUACAUACAAUUAAGGCAGCUUAUUGGUGUCUAUCCAACAUUCUUGGCAGAUGGACUGGAGGAACAAAUG